AUGCAGAAUAACAGACCCACACGGCGACAAACCGACGAUAUUCAAGCCCCAACACUGAGUGACAACAUGGGGAAACAAAAUAAAAAACUUAAAACUCACCCAGGAGACAGGUCCCAGAAAAUCGGCGACAUGUUCCUAUCAAGGCCUAAGCCGAACAUGGCGGCAACCCUGGAUCCACAAACCUCAUCCUCGGAGGAAGAGGAGGUGAUGGACGAGCCUGACCCCAUACCCGAGGCAGCUGAUCCCCUCCUGAACUUACCACUCGGAGAUCUCGGAGCCCCAGCCACCAAGGGGGAUAUACUGAACAUUCUAAAAAAUAUACGCACUUUGUUCCGCACAGACAUCGCGGUACUGCAAGAGGACUUGACCGCUGUGGCGGAAAGGGUGAGGGCCACCGAAGAGGACGUCACCUCCGUGGCACAACGCCAACAAGCAACGGAGGAGAAGCUCAGACUCCUACAGGUCUCACACCACACCUUGCAGGCCCGGAUAGAUGGCCUAGACGAUGCAAGGCGUCGCACCAACUUAAAAAUCAGAGGCAUCGAUGACUCUAUCGACGACAAGGAACUACCACAAUUCACCAGAUGCCUACUAACCACGAUCCUAAAUCCCAAGCAGGCAAAGACAGUCCAAAUAGAGAGCACCUAUAGACUCCAGAAAUCUCCAAGAGCUCCGGCAGGGGCUUCCUGUGAUGUUCUCCUCCGCUUCCUGUCCAAUAGAGACAAAAUGGUGGUAAUAACAGCGCUCAACAGCAGCCCCUACCAAUUUGAGGGCAUGCAGCUCACCUUCCUGCAAGACCUCUGCAGAGCCACCCUGACAUGGAGACGAUCAGUCCGGCAAGUCACCGCGACUCUCAGAGCAGCUGGGUCACGAAGGGAGCAUCCACCUUCCGCCUGAUGUCACCAGACGACUCAAGUUCCUUCCUGGGCAAACUCGGACUGGAUAUACCAGGCCCCAACGAUCCCACUCCUGGAAGCUCGUGGGACGUAACCAACAUCACCCCCUUUGUCCCUCGUUCCGCAGCAGAUACCGGCUGA